ACCGUGGAAUGAGAGGCUAUCCUGGGCCCCCGGGGCCACAGGGAAGCGGAACGGUUGGUCCCAAGGGUAUUAUGGGACAGAAAGGCUUGCCUGGUCCACCUGGCCCCCCUGGCGACAGCAUACAAGGAAGCAAGGGAGAAAAAGGAAAUCAAGGUUUUCCUGGACUAAAGGGAUCAACAGGAAUUGGCCUUCCUGGACCAAAGGGAGACUAUGGAGAUAAAGGUGAUCCAGGGAGCAAAGGUGCCAAAGGAGAGAUUGGAGACCCAGGACCUCCAGGACCAAAGGGAAUUUGGGGAAGAAAAGGUGAACCUGGUCUUUCGAGAGAAGAAGUUAUCAGACUUAUCAAUGAAAUAUGUGGUUGUGGUAUCAGAUGUAAAGUAACACCACUGGAACUAGUAUUUGUCAUUGACAGUUCAGAAAGUGUUGGACCAGAUAACUUCAAUAUUAUCAAAACUUUUAUGAAAACAGUCAUUGACAAGGUAUCGGCCAACCAUGUUACAACCCGCAUUGGCAUUAUCAACUUCAGCCAUAAAGUGGAGUUGGUGUCUUCUCUGAAGCAAUACACAACCAAAGAAUACCUGAAAUCAGCUGUUGAUAAAAUGCCCUACUUAGGAGAAGGCACGUACACAGCUUCUGCUAUCCAAGAAGCCAUUCAGUUAUUUCAGGCAGCACGCCCAGCAGUAAGAAAAGUGGCUGUUGUAAUAACAGAUGGACAAGCAGACACUCGUGAUAAAGUACAGCUGGAUACUGUAGUAAGAGAGGCCCAUGCUACGAACAUUGAGAUAUUUGUCAUUGGGAUCAUUCAAAGGACUGAUCCUCAUUAUGAUGAUUUUCUGAAAGAAAUGCAGCUCAUUGCAACAGACCCUGAUGAAGAACAUGUUUACCAGAUAGAUGACUUCAUGACGCUUUCAGCUCUUGAAAAUAAACUGAUCACAAAAAUCUGUGAGAAUGUGUCUGAAGUCUACACCAGAAAUGAUAAUGUUUUAUCUCCAUCUCCAAGUCCGGAAUCUGAAAUUGCUAGUGAAGAUACUAAUAGCCAGUUACAUAAAAUGACUACUUCAGAUAUUUAUAUGCUCCCUACGGAAGGAAUCAGUUACCCACUUAGUCCACCACGGACCAGAUAUACUGAGCCACUGCCAUCUGCUCAGGAUCACACUGCGACUACCUCUGCUCACAGAGAAUCGAGAUUUCCCCUGCUUUAUGACAUAUCUGAAAUCAGGUCUCAGAGUCCAGUUGUCAAUUCUUUGUUCAACGUAACAGCUACUGAAGAUCACCACCUAACUGUGUUGCAAACACAGGUAGCAACAACCCAAAAAGAUCCAAGGUGCUUGGAACCUAUGAAACCAGGGGAUUGUCGGGACUACGUGGUGAAAUGGUAUUAUGACAAGAAUGGCAAUUCUUGUGGCCAGUUCUGGUAUGGAGGUUGUAAUGGUACCAACAAUAGAUUUGAAACAGAAAAAGAAUGUCGAGAAACCUGCAUUGAUUGAUGAAUAAAAAUGGCUGCUGUUUGGAGUUUUUAGAGCUAGAAGUUCAUGUGUAUUGAGGAAGAACUGACCGAGAAGAAUCCAAAGUGAUGCGUUAACUUGAAUAUAUUACUACCACGCUCUACUACUUUCCUCACUACGGUAUUCACAUUAACUAGAUUCCUGUAUAACGUAUGUUAUCUGCAACACCAUAGCAAUAACUUACAAUCACACAUACACACACACUGGAACAUACCUUUUCCCUCCAAAUUUAUGUUAACUUGUUACUACUACAUGUGGCAAUGAUGAGAUUCUAUUUUUAGGAUUAAAACGUCAAAAGUGUUUACACUUAGCAUUUAAUGACAGAGGUCUCUCGGUGUCACAGAAGAAUAAACUAUGCUCUAGUUUUAAACAAGAGUAAGUGGUUCCUGAAAUUAGCACUCUUAAUACAGCAUUUAGAGACAUAAAUUAAGAUUUCCAUUAAUUAGAGUACCUCUUUGGAAUGUAAAUACCACAGCUAUAGGUAGAGGGUUCCUCCCCCCCAUUAAAGCACAUUUGGAUUAACAUCCAUAUAAUCUUUUUGAUUAUAAUGGUAGGACUUUCAUUCAGAAUUACAUUAAAAACAGGAUUCUUCAUGUCCUUUAGGCUAGUCAGUACAUUUCAAUUUCUCAGGGCCUCUGUGUUAAAAAGAAAAGUUAUUUCACUCUAAUAUAGGCUAUUAAAUUAAAAAAGAGAAAAGCACUGAAAGAUGUAUAUAAAUGUUUACUUGUAUCCUUUCUACUUUUAGCCAUAAUCCUAUAUUAACGUGUCGUUAAAACCG